AUGGCGCCACCUGAUGAGACUUCUGUCAAGGAGGUACCGGCUCUCACCAAGGAUGCAGAGGUAGAGAAAGCAGACGAGCACAAACAUGCAGAAGAGGAAGAUGUCCCGACACUUCGAUCACCAAAUCUCGAUGUCAUUGGUGUCAAAAAUGUCAAUCAAGAGGUCAAUCAGGGUGUCAAUCAAGAACUCAAUCAAGAGGUCAAUCGAAAGGUCAAUCGAAAGUUCAAUCAAGAGGUCAAUCGAAAUGUCAGAAAGCGCCUUCCAUACACAAAAUGGUCAGAAAAGGAAGAAGAGAUUGUUCGAGACAUCAUUGACAACCAUAAAAGCAACCCAGAGACAUCUAGAAUGACUCUUGGAGAGCUGGAUAUAUAUUCAGUCAAGAAGCUAGCAGAGGCAGGAUUCAUCAGAACAGCAUCGGCAGUUAGUUUUGUCCGGGGAAAACAACAUUGUAAAUUCGAUUACAGCAAGGUAUGUGAUCUUGUUGCUAAUAUGCCCGAGUCAAUUCGUGCCAUGGAAGCAAGAGAAGAUUCUGAGAAAUCUGCCACCGUCGCACGCGAGUCAAUUCGUGUCAUGGAAGCAGGAGAAAAUUCUCAGAAAUCUGCCACCGUCGCACGCGAGUCAAUUCGUGUCAUGGAAGCAGGAGAAAAUUCUCAGAAAUCUGCCACCGUCGCAAGCGAGCCAUUUCGUAGACGAAGUACAGUCCCUUUCCAGAGCGCAACUUCAUUGCAGGAGUAUGAUACUUUGAGCAAAAUGAAGAAUAGCCAAUUCGCUCUGAAUGGCAAGCGGAUUUACGAAUCGUACAACGGCGAUCCGGCAGUAGAUAGUGCCAAUGCUACUAAUGCUGCUGCUGCUGCUGCUGCUGCUCGGAAACCGCAAGCACAGGCAUGUUCCAUGGCGACCAACGGCGCAUUUAACUCAGUAACCAAUCAGCAGGGCUUCCAAACGACUUCUGGAUCCAAAUCCUGUGAAGUUCGCAAGAGACAAAGUGAGAUGGGGUUGAAGAUGCCGCCAGCAUCAAAGCGGAUGAGUGUCACCAAUAACAGCAAGGAAACUCCUGUUGCGAUCCGAAACGAUUCACCAUUAGGUCAACCACAGUCAGAGAGUGAUCGAGUUGAACAAGCCAGAAUUGAAAAAGUCAGAGCUGAAUUAGCUGGUAUAAAAGCAGUGUUCUUGGAAUGUUUCCGAGCAAAGCAUUGGUCUGAGAUGAUUGUAGGGGAAUAUGAUUUUCGGCUCAAGGAGGCAGCGGAUGAGGCAGCGGAUAUGGCAGCGGAGUAUGAUUCUCGGCGCAAGGAGGCAGCGGACAAGGCAGCGGAGUAUGAUUCUCGGCGCAAGGAGGCAGCGAAUAAGGCAGCGGAGUAUAAUUCUCGGCGCAAGGAGGCAGCGGAUAAGGCAGCGGAUUACACAAAGCAAGCUAGCGAGAAUGUGGACAAGAUGCUCGAACUCCAGAAACUAAACCCAGAGUUCGAGAACUAUGACUCAUUCUAA